AUGCAGCCAAGUGUCAUAGCUGCUGCCUUCCUUCUAUUGAGCUGGACAUAUUGUUCAGCUUUCCCUCUACCCCAUGAUGAUGAUGAUGAUGAUGAUGAUGAUGAUGAUGAUGACCUGACACAGGGGGACUUCCAGUUGGCAGAGAACUAUUUGAAGACAUACUACAAUCUUUAUUCUAACCCUGCUGGCAUCCUGAAGAAGAAGGUAUCGAGCACUGCAGCAGAAAAACUUAGAGAAAUGCAGUCAUUCUUUGGCUUGGAAGUGACUGGCAAACUGGAUGAUGACACUUUAGAUGUGAUGAAAAAACCAAGAUGUGGGGUCCCUGAUGUGGGGGAAUAUAACUUUUUCCCCAGAAAUAUAAAGUGGCCUAGGUUUGAUUUAACUUACAGGAUCCUGAAUUAUACCCCAGACAUGACCCAAGCAGAAGUGGACAAAGCAAUAAGAAAAGCCCUGAAGGUCUGGUCUGAUGUGACACCACUCAACUUUACCAGGCUCCACAAUGGUACUGCUGAUAUCAUGAUCUCCUUUGGAAUAAAAGAACAUGGAGACUUCUACCCCUUUGAUGGACCUUCUGGACUUCUGGCUCACGCCUUUCCUCCUGGGCCCAACUAUGGAGGCGAUGCUCAUUUUGAUGAUGAUGAGAUCUGGACAAAUAGUGCCAAAGGAUAUAAUUUGUUUCUUGUUGCUGCCCAUGAAUUUGGUCACUCCUUGGGCCUGGACCAUUCCAAGGAUCCUGGUGCACUUAUGUUUCCCAUCUAUACUUACACUGGCAAAAGUGGCUUCGUACUUCCUGAUGAUGAUGUACAAGGCAUCCAGACUCUUUAUGGCCCUGGAGAUGAAGACCCUGACCAUAAACAUCCCAAAACCCCAGACAAAUGUGAUCCUGCCUUAUCACUAGAUGCUGUCACCAGUCUUCGAGGAGAAACAAUAAUUUUUAAAGAUAGAUUCUUCUGGCGUCUGCAUCCUCAGAUGAUUGAGCCAGAUCUGUUUUUAACCAAAUCAUUUUGGCCAGAACUUCCAAACAGUAUUGAUGCUGCGUAUGAGAACCCUGCUCAUGACCUAAUAUUCAUCUUUAGAGGCAGAAAGUUUUGGGCCCUGAAUGGCUAUGACAUACAGAAGGAGUACCCCAAGAAAAUCUCUCAGCUGGGUUUCCCAAAAGAGGUGAAGAGGAUAGAUGCUGCAGUUCACAUUGAAGCUACAAGCAAGACCCUGUUCUUCACUGGAGAUCAUUUCUGGAGCUAUGAUGAAACUAACCACACAAUGAAUGAAGGCUAUCCCAGAUUACUCGAGGAAGAAUUCCCUGGAAUUGGUAACAGAGUAGAUGCUGUCUAUGAAAAAAAUGGUUAUAUAUACUUCUUUAAUGGAGUCUUACAGUUUGAGUACAGUAUCUGGAGUCAACGCAUCGUGAGAGUCAUGCCAACCAAUUUCCUCUUGUGGUGCUGAAUGUGGCUGUGUUGUUUUAUAUCAUAGUUCAAUUUUUCACCCAUGAAGAAAUGUGACUACAGAUUUUGGGGCCUACCUGGGAAAAAGCCUCAUUCUGUCAGCAAAUUACCUAUGAACUUUAUUAUUGAAAAUGCACUGUAUACAUGGGGAAGCGGUAAAAUUUUAUGUCAGACUGGAACUGCAUUGUAGUUAUUUAAACCAAUGUAAUUCUGUAUCUCUGUGGUCUACCAGAUGUGUUAAGUAUGACAAACAGAAGCCCUGUGGAGAAAGGUUGACCAUGGGAGGUUGGGGGGGAGGAAUGGCUGGAAUGAAUAUACCCUGGUCAACUUCCCAAAGGCUGGAAGAAACAAUUUGAUAUUUUACCAAGAACAUUCUCAUUUCUAAGCCUGUCUCCCAAUAGUUACUAGUGGGAAACUUAAGCACUCUCCAAAGAAAGGAAUCUUGGGGGUUUGGGGGGGGGAGUGUAGUAGGACAGCAUAAUUGAAAGUCAAGAAUCCUGGCUUCUGAUUCAUUUCAGUCAUGAAAAUGGCCCAGAAGAUGAAUUUCAGUAAGGCAAAUAGUAUCAUUUGAAAUAAA